CUUAAUUGGACAGAACGGCGGCCUGGGCCUGGACUCGGGUGGCGACGGUUCUGGGUUUCGGAUACACCGAAAAUUUUGCAGGAGGCUAACGGAGUGCCAAUUGCGGGGGGAGCAAUCCCACGAGGGUGGAACGGCAAAAGCGAAUGCAAUGAUAGGCCGUGUUGGUUUUGAGAUUGCGCCGGACCAAGGACUUUUUUGGGAAGCCUGAGUGUCGGGGGUUUGCCUUCGGUCACCAACAGAGUCCUCGCUCCACUUUGAGCUGCCGAAUCACUGCAGCUUUAGUACGAAUAAUACCGUGCAGAAGGAACCCUGGUGGCGGGGUGGAGGGACCCCCCUGUCGGCUGGGCCUUGGGAAGCCAAUUUUGGAGAGGGGACACACGACUUCUUAUCGUCUAUGAUUUUUUUUUUCUCUCUUGUUUAAGAGGCGCGCCGUCGCGCUCCACAAACCCUUAGGGCCUGGGUCGCGUGUCCCUGUCCUUCUCUUGUCCGUCCGUCCGUCCUUUUGGAUCCCUUUGUGAAUUUGUGCAGCACAAGGAGCCUCCUCCUCAACGAAGAGCGCCUAGCAAGCAGCCAGACAGACAGCUUGAACAUUCAUCAUGAGUGCUCCGGCUACUGACGACAAGACGGCGUCACGCCGGCCCUCGGCUGAGCGCACGGCCACCACUGCCACUGAGACCCCCAGCGUCUAUGCCACCCCGGGUGCCAACACUACGCUUGGUGCAAACACCACUCCAGGUGCCAACACGGCAGACCAUAUUACUCCCGCCCAGGGUACCCAGCCGCAAACCAAUGCGCCUGCGUACAACGACGAAAAGGCCUCUUUGUCCUCGCGCCGCGACAGUGAUCCCAAGGCUGCUCCUCGGUAUAUUGAUGCCGAAAAAGGCUCCAGCGACACCGUCGAUGCGAACCAGACCCAGCCUGAGGAGAACCCCAGCAAGGUCAGGCUGUUUUACCGCCGCCAUCGCACUAUAAUCAAGAUUGCCAUUGAGGCCCUGGUUUUUGUUUUCUUCACCGUGUGGUUCAUCUACGGCAUCACCGCUCACAAUGGUAUCCGCCGCUCCGACAACUACGGCUGGCUUAAGCCUAUGCUGUUCUACAUCGCCGUUCUUCUUCGCAUCUUCUUCAACCACGCACCGACGUCGGUUGUAAUGACACCCCUCGGCAUAGUUUGGAACAACACUGUUGUUCGCCUCUACGAUAUUAUCCCGAAGAAGCUGCACCAGCCCCUUGCAGGACUGGGAACAUUGGGCGUCUUCCUGGUCGGCUCAAUGGUUUCCCCCGAAGAGGCAGAAAACACUCGCGCCAACCGUGCCAUCUCUAUAUUUGGUCUCUUGGUUAUGAUUGCGUUCCUGACGGCCACGUCCCGCAACUGGAGGGCCAUUCCCUGGCAUACGGUCAUUGGUGGCAUGUUGACUCAGUUCAUCAUUGCAAUCUUUGUGCUCAGGUCCCAAGCUGGAUUCGACAUUUUCGAGUUCAUUUCGUUCCUCGCUCGCUCUCUGCUUGGCUUUGCCAACGAUGGAGUAACCUUCUUGACCGACUCUAGCGUUCCUAACAAGGGUUGGUUCCUCACCAGUGUCAUUCCUGCCAUCAUCUUUUUCGUGGCUUUGGUCCAGCUGCUCUUCUACGUCGGACUCAUUCAAUGGUUCAUUGGCAAGUUCGCCAAGUUCUUCUUCUGGAGCUUGCGCGUGUCUGGUGCCGAGGCCGUUGUCGCCUCAGCCACUCCUUUUAUUGGUCAGGGUGAAUCUGCCAUGUUGGUCAAGCCGUUUGUGCCCUACAUGACCAAGGCCGAGCUGCACCAGGUUAUGACCUGCGGUUUCGCCACCAUUGCUGGUUCCGUGCUCGUCGCCUACAUCGGUCUCGGUCUCAACCGCCAGGCUCUGGUGUCCUCGUGCAUCAUGAGUAUCCCCGCAUCCCUUGCCGUCUCCAAGAUGCGUUACCCCGAGACCGAGCAGUCGCUCACUGCCGGCAACUCUGUCAUUCCCAAGGAGGAGUCCCCUGCUUCUAAUGCUCUUGAGGCUUUCGCCAACGGUGCAUGGCUCGGUCUGAAGAUUGCCGGAAUGAUCGUUUCAACACUGCUUUGUAUCAUUGCCUUUGUUGCCAUGAUCGAUGGUAUUCUUGGCUGGAUCGGUGUCUACUUUGAUAUUGGAUACUUUGGAGGACAGAAGCUUUCCAUCAACUUGAUUCUUGGAUAUAUUUUCUUCCCUAUCGCUUGGCUGUUGGGUGUUCCCGGACAAGACUGCUUGCGUGUCGCCAGGCUGAUUGGCAUCAAGGUUAUCCAAAACGAGUUUGUUGCCUUCUUGGCCUUGGCCGACGCGACCGGUGAAUACGCCACCAUGUCUGAACGCUCCAAGCUUAUUGCAACCUACGCCAUCUGUGGCUUUGGAAACGUUGGAUCUCUCGGCACACAGAUCGGUGUGCUCUCGCAGCUUGCCCCAUCUCGUACUGCCGAUGUCUCUUCGGUCGCUCUUUCGGCUCUCAUGGCCGGUAUUCUGUCGACCCUGACCUCGGCCUCGGUGGCUGGCAUGUUGUACACUGAAUCUAUGGGCAAGGCCCUCGAGGCUGCCGCCUCCAGCUAGAGCUUUGUUCUUGUUUUGAGAGUGUUGGCGAAAUACGGGAGAGCUCACGCUCUUUGUAAUAAUGUAGUGAUAUCCAAUAAAUUUCUAUCCAGUAAAAAUCCGAAUGGUGUUUAAUUUUAACCAG